AUGUUUGCAUGGAUUUUUUUCUUGGGAAAGUACCUAUUCGUGAUAUUGUCUAUGAUGCUGUGCUUUCUUACAUACAAGGUUUUCAUCAAACCUCUUUUGAAUCGGUGGAGGUAUACUAGGUAUGAAAAUGUCAAAAUUGUGCAUACAAGUGAAGAGACUGAAGAUUUGCUUACUAUCCCAGAUGAAAGUAUAGUAAACAGGCUUUCUUUAGCAUCAAGAAGAGUCCCAGAAGAAGAGAAGUCCUAUGAUAUUCAAAUGAUGCAUAUUGGCAAGGACUAUAUCCACUCCUUGCCUGGCUACAAAUACAUGCUGUUUGAUAUAAAGAAUAUCAAUAUGAGGUUAUUUCAAAGUCUGAUUCAGGACAAAAUUGAUAGAUUUGUUCCAGACACAUUCUAUCUUGGAAUGCUAUCAAAGAACUCACUUCCUUGCAGGGAGACUAAGAACACCUCUUUCAAGAUGAGGACAAGAAUAAUCAAGACUUGUGGGAUCGCUGAUCUGACUUCUAAGCUUCCUCUGAUAUCCAACAAACUAGUAAAAGAGAUCAAAGCAGGAUAUUUCACUGAGAAUUGGGAAAAAGAAUUUAGAAGAACUAUUUUUCAGAUCCUUGGAUCUCUAUUCUUAGGCAAGAACUUUGAAAAGAAAAUUGAGAGUAUUCAAGAUGAAGGAGAAACUCUAAACAGCACUGCUCAAGUACUCAAUUCUAACAUGGAUUCCAAUGGAAAUUUCAGCUUUGUUGACUAUUAUAUCGACACAACAAAAGACAGCAUGAAUCCGUUCACAGCUACUAUUUCAGAAGGACCUGGAGACAAGCUUGAUAAUAUUAGAAGAGCAGUUUAUUCAUUAGUGAGCUACAAAGAGCCAGACGAGUCCAGCAUUUUCCAGAAAAUAUUAAAAAUGGGAAAGUUCACUAAGGAAGAGAUCACAGAUGAAGUGCUUUCCUGCUUGCAUCUAGCUUUCAUCACUCUAUGCCCAACUCUUAUUAGUGCUAUCAAGGAGUUAAAAGAUAAUGAUGAAAUCUGUCAGGAACUACUACAGGACCUUAACAACACUUUCGACUCAGAAAUUGAAAAUAUUGAAAGAUAUUUUGAAGAAGAGAAGGAAAUAUCUAUCAAAGAUAAAAUUACUCUGAUUGGGAAAUACCAGCCUAAGGAAUUUUUAAGAGCUAUCCAAGCCAGCCAGUAUUUGCACUAUGUUGUUAACGAAACAUUAAGACUUCAUUGCCCAGCAGAUGGAUCUUUACUAUACAAAGUCAUAGAAAAUUUUACUGUAUGAAAAGUGCCGAUUCCAGCAGACUCAUUGAUUCGUAUAAAUUUCUCAUCUUUGCACUAUGACUCGUUAGAAUGGCAUUCUCCUAAGAAGUUCUUACCAGAACGGUUUGAUCCUGAGAGUGAUUACUUCCUUCGCCCUGCUAGUAACACAAGACGAUUUGGAGAGUCAUUUAUUCCCUUUGGAGUAGGAGAUAGAGGGUGUCCAGGUAAAGCAAUGUCAAUCCUUCUGCUAAAAGUGGUACUCUGCCUCGUAUCCCCUUUUAUUAAUUCUCAAUAAAAAUUGAUCAAUAUAGAA